GGUGCGAGUGAAAUAAGACAAAGCAAAAUCAAAGAACUUUUUAAUGACAUGAGACGACGCAACAAUUAUAUAUUGUGUGAGCCAUUCAGAUCAUUAUCUCAAGCAGAUGCGGAAGACUUGUUUGAGCCAAUAGCUCGUGAUACCGCCAUUGAAAUAAAUCUCCCUGAAUAUAUCGAAGAUUAUUUAAAAAAUCUACUUGCCGGAAAUAUCGAUAGUAUAUUGACAUCAGUGAUGUGA